CGCAAAACGGUUGAUAACAUGCUGUCGCCAUGGAGACGGUGUAACUACCACUUGUUGCGGUGGGUUGUUUAUUAUUGCUUGGACAGUGAUUUUUACUUUCCAGAGCAGACACAGGGAACGACAGAGGUACGGAGGGUUUUCGCUAUAAACUUUAGAAUAUUCCUCUACAAGUGAAGUACCUGUAGAGCUACAGACUUCUGAUCGCUGGCGAGACUAACAAGAGGAAAAUCAGGUGCGUACAUUGUUGCUGAUUUCAAGGUCAUCAAUAACGGAACAACAUGUCAUUAACAAAAAGGAGGCCCGGAGAUGAAGACUGGUUUUACCACGCCCCACUGAAGAGUAAGAAGGACUCGGCACAGGUGGCGGUUCCGCCGGCCUCGCAGAUCCCCGGCCUGAGUCAGCUGCCGCCCGACAUGCCGUAUGACGACGAUCCGGCGGCCAAGAGAAAGUGGAUUCGUGAUACCGACACAAAAUACAUCAAGUUGGCAAAACAAGGUGGCAGACAGGACCUUCUCCGAUACAGGAGUCCCCCGGACCGUACCAAGGGCCCAGUACCGUACCCCAGGGUGGACUGGUUUGACCAUGACGUGCCUCAGGAAGAAGAAGAAGAACCUCUGCCCCGCACUUUUGCACUACCAGAGUACAUGGUACACGAGGAGUUCACACCAAGUCCACAGAGACAGAUUGAGGGUAAGAAGAGGGCGCCGUUCUCCACAGACAGUAAAACCGUGUGGCAGCGCGACGACACAGACCCUACAGACAAACGUGUCAGACUCCCAGAGAUCAAGAGACCCCAGAGAAGACACAAGCAAAAAAUGCCACCACCACCUGCUGAAGUGAAGCAAGAGAGACGCAAACAACCAGCAGCUCUGAAAGACCAUUUUGCACCAAAGUCCAGAUUUCCUCCUGUACCCCACCCAGGAAAGGAGGAUCCUGUGUCGUUUGGGAAGUUGUUGAGUAUGGGGUAUCAGAGAGACUGGAUCAGCAAGAGGAACGACUGGGAGGAGCAGCAUGUACAUGGGAACAGACAUCUGGAGCCACUGCCAAAAGGUACAGAGUACCAGGAAAAGAUCAGUAAACAUCAGGCGUCUGGCAACAAGUAUCCAAACAAGCCGGCCAGAAAGGACCUGCCUGGACACAAGGGGUCGGCAGGGACACACAGCUCCGAGGAGAAACCAGUCUUUAAACUAAGCAAGUUUGAGAAAGUGGGUGCUAAAGUGAGCACACGCAGGGAGCCUGUCCAUGUGUGAAACCAGUCGUCAUCACAGAAACACAACACAAAGACAUUAGACUAAGUGCGUAGCUAAGUCUGUGUUCAUCAGUAGUGCUGACGUUAGCAAAGACUUGUUUAAGAAACUGAUAUGUCCAGGUCAUCUUGAAAUGAUUUCCUGCAUUCUCGUGUACAAAUUUUUCAAUUAUAUUUGUAUAGACUUACUGAUGUGAAAAAAUGUUUUGACUGCCUUGUGAAUUCUGACCAGAUUGUGCGCUGUAAAAAAAGUUUAUAACAUUUGUACUCAAGAUGUUUGUACAUUGUAUAGACAACAGUACCUGUAUUUUCUUGAUUUAAGUAUGCUCCUCAAUUAAAAUACGUAUCCCCGAUUUGGGGCAAAUCUGAGACAAAUCAGAUGAGGGACUGAAACAUAAAAUGGAACCCAUUUUGAACUGAGAAACACAACUGAAAACAAGAUAGUCAUGUUUUACACGAAAACAACAUAUUAUAUAGUUUUCCAUACAUCUAGAACUGAAGCACCAUCUUGGUCUAAUUUGAAGUUCUUUUCCUGUGCAAUAACCUCAAAUAUUACGUGCUCACUCUGACUUUGGCAAGUUGUAACUUUGGCAACAAUGUGCUGUAAUCUUUUGAAUUCUAAUUAGUCUUUUUAAGUGACAGUGUGUACUUUGAUCCAGAAAAUACGGUACAGACCAUGUUCGAUAAUCGGAAUUAUUUCAGACUCAUUUGUUCAUCAAACUGAAGACUGAGUCCUCAUAUUUUUUUAAAUAUGGCACCAGCAAACUCAGCGCAUCAUGACAUGUUGAUAUGUGAUGAACAGAAAAUAAGUGCAAUUUACAGUGUUUAACACUGGAUCAAACAAAAACUGCACAUUUUCCGUCCUUUUCAGUGUUACAUACAAUGUAUAUGACUUUGUAUAUAGUUAAAGUUGGCCAAUUAUUGAAUAUUGCUGCAGUUAUUGGCCGUCAGUUUCACCAUUCUACAAUGUUUUUGUUCUUUUUGUAUAUGCCUGUUGUCUUCCAUUAUGUCAUACAAGAUAUUACUUUAACAGCUCAA